AUGGAUUCUUUUGAAUUUGGCUCUGAGUAUACUUCUUUAGAAGAGUUACCAGCUUUUUAUCACGCUUCGAAAACGACCGGCCCCCUUGAAGCAGCCAAUUCUCCCGACAAGAACGGAACACUGAUGUACGCUCACAAUGACGUUUUGGUUCCUGUUCACUUAGAAGGUCACAACAACGUACCUUUGCAUAUGGUAGGCGACAAUGCUGUGCAGCAAAAAGACAUUCAUACGCCUGACCCAAUCUCCUCGGAAGACAUCCAUGCCUCUUCUCACUUCUACCAAAUGCUUCAUGAGCACAUGCCCGCAGACAUCCAAAGGCCAGAUAAUGCUAACAUGCAAGGACACUCUAAUUAUGAAACAUUUGUAACUCAAGACAAGAGCAGUGCUCAGUCUAUCGCGGGAAUGCAGACGUUCGACCUGCCGGCGUUUCCCAUGCACGGCAAGCUUCCACCCACAGAAUCGCAGUCCUAUAUGUCAAGUAAUAAUGUGGUCUCCAGUGAGCCUGCCGCUGGAUCUCAAGGCAUAACUCACAUGUCCAGCUUCUCGGACAAGUCAUGUCCUCCUCUUGAUUCGUCGGGCGUGACGCCAGCAAGUGUGUUCUCCAAAGUCAGCAGCUCUAGCGCAAAUGAUUUUCUACCACCCAUUACAUCACCAAUGCUGCAGCCUCAGGGAUCGCAGCAACAUGUAUAUGGUCUGAACGAAGUCAAAGAUGUGCAGAUGACACCCGAUUUGCUGCACAUGUCGUCUGCAUCGUCUGGUGCGAAUGUGCCCGGGCCGCCUGAUCUGAUGACAGGCAAUGUCAUGAUGCCAAAUGGAUUUACUCAUUCCAUCACGCCAUCACCUACCUUAUCGGCUGAGCAGCGACCCCCGCUCCGGCGCAGUAGGGGUACAGACAGCAAGAUUUCUCGUGUGAGGCCAUCGCCACUAAUAAAACCAGUGCAGAGCCCCAAGAAUGUAUGGCAGGGACGGAAGCGUGGUGGUAGCUUGCAUUCAUCGCCAUCUCUGGGAGCCAUUGAAUCCAUUUCUAAUGCCAUGCAGGAUUCGAGUAAUGGUUUUUCGAUAUCAUCACCAGCUUUGUCGCCAGCAUCGAUGAGUCUGCCGCGAAGUAACACGGUAGCGAAACCUCUCCCUGCUCGAUCAUCUACGAUGGAUGAAACCAAGUCAGGUGCGUCCAACCCUGGUCAUGGCGACACCCAAGAGCAUGCAGAGCGCACCCCUUUCUUAAAGAGUCCAUCUCCCAUCGAAUUGGCGAAUUCAGAUCCGACACAGCCAGCAACGCAGCCAGCAACUCCAGGCACGUUGAUGGGUCUUGCGUAUUCUCCUCGGCCAAGCUCAGCGCCAGUUGAAACGGUGGGAUCCGUCACGUCGACACCGGCACUACCUCCAUCGACCUCAUCGCAGCAAAACAUCUACUACCCACCUAGCUACGGUGGGAUGAACUCAUACCAAACCCAAAAUGCUGUAAGCGCUGUCACGGCAUCUGCUCUGAUCAACGCAUCACAGCCACCACAUGGUAUAUUUUUCCAAGGUGGUGCUGUACCGCACAAAUCUUUCUAUCCGAGUGGCGUUUCCCAGGACGGCCCUGCUAGCUGGUUCAACAUGCGCCGUGCGGAAAACUUUGGACUGGAUCAGCGCCGAACGUCCCACAAGGCUGCUGAACAAAAACGUCGCGAUUCGCUCAAGCACUGCUUUGAUGAGCUGCGUGUAUUGCUACCUAGCAUCACUGUGGACCAUAAUUCACCCGGUGGGUCUAUGCUAGGUCCGGAUGGAUCAAACGAAGACCGCCUAGCUGAAGGCUUUGGACUCAUGGAAAUGUCCGACCGAAAUGGAGACCAGCCAAGCGCCCAGGGUGAGGGUGUCUCGGAUUCGAACCUAGAUCCAAAUCGGACCAUCGCCAAGGUUUUACUUUUACGGCAUUCAAAUGAGUACCUUAUCCGCCUGAAAAAGCGUAUUGAACGUCGUGAUGUGGCUUUGCAGACACUCAGCGAAGAGGUGGUGCGUCUUAGAUCCAUCUUAAGCAAGCAAGGCAUUUCCUUUGAUGGCGAGGAUGCCAAGGUAUCCAGCGAACUGAGUUCUCUCAGCAUCAAAUCAGAAAAACGUGAGCCGCCCACAAGGCAGGAUGUGCCCGUCGGCCAUCCAGAGAAUCAGGACGCGUCGUCCGGAGACGUGGAGAGACCGCUGAAUCCUUAA